AUGUCAUCAGACGCCGCGGUGCCAAUAACCAAAGACUGUGAAGCCCCCUCACAAAGACAGACCGGGUGUUAUGUCUCCAUCAUCCAUGGAUUCAUUCUGCUGCUGGUGGUGGCGGUGGUCGCCCUGUUAGUGGGGAUAAUCGUCCACUUUGCUGGGGGCCAGGAGUUGGUGUGUCAGUGUGAUAACACCCCCGGAGUCAGCACCCCCGAGGCCAUCAGACAGAUGUGUAUUGACAUGGUCCAGAAGGGCACGGGAGACGAAAUAUGUGACGUGUGCUCUGAAGCAUCAGCAACAGCCACUCCGCCAAGUACACCUGCACCGACGGAGGCCCCCCUGAACUACCGCCUGCCUAUAACCGCCCGGCCGUAUCUCUACAACCUUGUUCUCAACCCAAACAUAUACAGCGGAAACAAGGACGACUUCGAUUACCAGGGAUCUGUGACAAUAGACACAAUAGCCGAACUAGCUUCUUCCACGAUAACCUUACAUGCUCAUCCCUCGCUUAACAUCGACAAGUCAAGCCUCCGAGUGGUCGAUAGGAAUACAUCAUCCCAGGUGGGCGUGGAAGAGGCUUCUUAUGAGGAGGUGCGGGAGUUUUAUACUCUUCACCUGGCGCAGAGUAUGGUGGCGGGGCACCACUAUCAGAUUGAUAUCAGUUUCUGGGCACCAUUGUCAGACUCAGGAACUGGAUUGUACUUUGCCCAGUAUGAAGAGAAUGGCCAGACUGUGUACCUGGCAACGGCCAAGUUCGAGGCUCCACACGCCAGGAAGGCGUUCCCAUGUUUUGACGAGCCUGCACUGAAGGCCCAGUUUGACAUCACCCUGAUAUACCGAGACGGACAGAGCAGGAAUUACACAGCCCUCUCCAACGCCCCACCCCUCAAAUCUGAAAGGACGAGUGACGGCAUGGUAGCACAAACAUUCAAAAGGACAGUGGUGAUGCCAACGUACCUCCUGGCGUUUAUCGUAUGCGACUACGAGUACCUGGAAGAUGUCGCAAGUAACGUUACAUAUCGGACCUUUGCGAUGCCGAAGAAGAUUCAGUUUGCUGACAAGGCUCAGCUACAUGGGAUGAAGAUGUUCAACAGAUUAUCCGAGUACUUCAAGCCUGCAUAUGUGUACGAUAAACUGGACAACAUCGUGAUUCCGGACUUCGUGGCUGGAGCCACUGAGAACUGGGGUCUCAUCAGCUACAGGGUGGCAUUACUGUAUGAGCCCGGGGUCUCCUCAGCCUCCGACGAGAACUGGAUAGCAGAGGUCAUCUGUCAUGAGAUUGCACACAUGUGGUUCGGAAACCUGGUGUCACCUCAGUGGUGGAGCUGGCUCUGGUUGAACGAAGCAUUUGCAUCCUUCCUUGACUACCACAUUGUUGGUGAGAUCUACCCCAGCUGGAAGAUGGGCGCCGCUAUAGUCCGUAUGAUGCACCUUGUGAUGGGACAGGACCUGUUCAUUAAAGGGUUGAACCGCUACCUUGCAACAAAUGCCUUUGGUAAUGCUGAACACGACGACCUGUGGAAGGCCUUGACAGAGAUAAAAGCCCUGGCCAAUUCUGUAGAUCUGAACAUGACGGAAAUCAUGGACCCCUGGGUCACUCAGAUGAACUACCCCGUCGUCCAUGUUCAAGUAGGAUCAGGAACGGUAACUCUAACACAGGAACGAUAUCUGUCUUCCGGUGGAGAUAAUCCCGACCAGGAUUCUGGCAAAUACGGGUACAAGUGGACAAUUCCCAUCACUUACACAACGAGCGACAACGUCAAGUUUACCACCACGCCCUCUGAUGUUCACAACUUCAAGUACCACGACGACAAACUGGAGUUGACCGUGAAUGUACCGGCCGGUGGAUGGAUCCUUGUGAAUAUCCAGGAGUGUGGCUUCUACAGGGUCAGCUACGACACCAACAACUGGAACAACAUCAUCAGCACGUUGACAACAAACCAUGCGAUAAUAGACCCAAUAAAUCGAGCGCAGAUUAUCAAUGACGCUUGGAACUUAGCCAAAGCAGGGAUGUUGGACCAGGACGUUGCACUCCGGACUGUCAACUACCUGAGCAGCGACCUGGAUUACGCCCCUUGGAGAGCCUUCCGCCGGGAACUUGACUACGUGGACGACAUGUUGGAGCGUACGCCACUCUACGGAAUGUUUGAGGUGAUAGAUGGAGACUUCAUGAAGAAGACCGUCGACAUCCCCUUCACAACACUUGGUACCAACAUCACCGAGGAUAUGACGCCUAUCGAAAAGAUUGAGAUAGCGCAGAUGGCGUCAGUGGCGUGUAGUUACGACUACAGCGACUGUGUGGAUACAUCAGUGAGACUGUUCUCCAUCUGGAUGGAAGAUGGAACUAACAAUCAAAUAUACCCAGACCUGCGCAGUACGUUCUACUGUACGGCCGUGAGACACGGAGGUCUGGAAGAAUGGGAGUUUGUCCGCCAGAAGUAUCUCACGGAGCAGACAAGUUCUGAGAAGGACAGAUUGAGACGAGCUUUGUCGUGCACAAGAGAACCCUGGCUACUACAGAGAGUUUUGGAAAUGUCCCUGAAUUCGGAUGAGGUGAAAGGCCAAGACGUCUUGUCCACUGUCACAUACGUGGCCAACAACCGCUGGGGGCGGGAGCUCGCCUGGGACUUUGUCAAACAUCACUUUGCUGAACUGGGUUCUGCGAUAACAACCCGAUCAGGACUGUACCGAAUAAUCCGGGAGAGUUCUGAGAAGUACAACACAGAGCAAGAGUACAAGAAGGUGGAGGACUUCAUGAACAGCGGCGAUGAUGUAUCCGAGGCGGGGACGGCGUUUAAGGAAGUUCUGGACAGAACAACAACAAACAUCAACUGGCUGAAGAAGAAUUACGGAAACACCUCUCUGGACUCGGAGAGCAAUUCCUCAGACCGUGGAGGGUCCGGCUGCUACGUGUCCGCGGUCCAUGGCUUCAUACUGCUGCUCCUGGCUGUUGCCAUUUCUGUCGGAGUGGGGAUCCUUGUACACUUCUCCGGGGGUGGGGAGUUAGUGUGUGAGUGUGGUCAGUCACAGACCCCUGCCCAGAGUCCGGAGGCCCUCAGGCAGAUGUGUAUUGACCUGGUCAAGGAUGGCACUGGAGAGGAAAUCUGUGACGUGUGUCCAGCUGACCCAGAGCGGACGACAAAGACUCCAGCUCCCGAGGUCACAACUACAGCUACGACGAUAGCACCACCAGCAACAACAACAGAGGCGCCUAGAGACUAUCGUCUACCCAUCACCGUGCGGCCCUAUCUGUACAGUCUGUCUCUCCAGCCCAACAUCUACGGCGGGGACAAUGGAGUUUUUGAUUUCAAUGGCACCGUCUCCAUUGCAACAGUUGCUGAAGAGGCUGCAACAACCAUCACCCUGCACGCCCAUCCUACACUCAACAUCGACAAGGCCACCAUACAGGUGCGAGACAUCAACUCAACAGCCAGCCUAACUGUACCAGACACAUCGUAUGAAUCUCUGCGGCAUUUCUUUGUCCUGCGUCUGUCCACGCCUCUGACCAUUGGUCGCCAUUAUGAGAUAUCAAUGUCCUUCAGCGGCCCCUUGUCUCAAGAUGGAGUCGGUCUGUACCUCAGCGUGUAUCAGGAGGAUGGCAGGAACGUUUACCUAGCAACGACCCAGUUUGAGGCUCCUGAUGCACGUAAAGCCUUCCCCUGCUUUGAUGAACCUGCGCUGAGAGCAGAGUUUGACAUCACCCUCGUGAGACAAGAUGGCGGAGAAAGGAACUACACUUCACUCGCCAACACUCCACGGAAAUCAUCCACUUCUCUACAGAACGGCAUGGUUGCCGACGUGUUUGAGCGGACUGUGAUGAUGCCCACCUACCUCUUGGCGUUCAUAGUGUGCGACUACGAGUACGUGGAGGAUAUCGUGAGCAACGUCCAGUAUCGAACAUGGGCGAUGCCCAAGAAACUUGAGUACACGGAAACUGCACAGCGUCACGGGAUCGCCAUCUUCAAGCGGUUUACGGAUUACUUUACGCCAGCAUAUGUCUUCUAUAAAUUAGACAACAUCGCCAUCCCCGACUUCAACGCUGGAGCCAUGGAGAACUGGGGUCUCAUCACCUACAGGGAGACACUGCUGUAUGAACCCGGGGUCUCCUCGGCCUCCGAUGAGGACUGGAUAGCAGAGGUCAUCUCUCAUGAGAUAGCUCACCAGUGGUUCGGUAACUUGGUGUCUCCCCUGUGGUGGAACUGGCUGUGGCUGAACGAGGCCUUCGCUUCCUUCUGGGACUACCACGUUGUGGGGGAGAUCUACCCUACCUGGAGGACGCUUGACUUGCACGUACCUACCAGUAUUCACGGUGCCAUGUCUGUGGACAGUCUAAGGACGUCACACCCUCUCACAGCUGACGUCAUGACCCCUGGGGAGAUCAGCGGUAUAUUUGAUGACAUCACAUACUCUAAGGGUUCUGCUAUAGUCCGGAUGAUGCACCUCGUCAUGGGACAAAAUCUCUUCAUCAGUGGUCUUAACCGUUAUCUGGAAGCACAAAAGUUUGGGAACGCAGAACAUCAGGACUUAUGGGAUGCUCUUACUGAGGAAUCCAUGGCGAGUGGACUCGGUCUGGACAUGACCGAGGUGAUGGACCCCUGGGUGACCCAGAUGAACUUCCCUGUGGUCAAGGUUUCCGUCACAGCAACUAAAGUCACAUUCACUCAACAACGAUUCCUCGUCUCGGGUGCAGAAGAUGCCAGUCAAGAUGUGGGCACAUACGGCUACAAGUGGACGAUUCCAAUCACGUUCACCGUCAGCAACAACAUUAACUUCACCGAAGAAUACGCUUACGACAACAUCCACUACAUGAAUGUUAAUGGAGAUACCCUGGAGGUUGGUGUAACUGUCCCAUCUGGCGGCUGGAUCAUCGUCAACAUACAGGAGUGUGGCUUCUACCGCGUCAACUACGAAGAUGAGAUCUGGGAAAACAUAAUAAACUUCUUGUCAACCAACCACGAGAUGAUACAUCCGAUAAAUCGUGCGCAGAUCAUUAACGAUGCUUGGAACUUGGCAAAGGCAGGCCUGCUGGAUCAGUCUAUCGCCCUAAAGACAGUCAACUACCUCAGUAAGGAUCUGGAUUAUGCCCCUUGGCGAGCCUUCAGCCGGGAACUUGGCUACGUGGAAAACAUGUUAGAACGGACUCCAUUGUAUGGAAUGUUUCAGGUGUUCAUGAACAAAACAGUUGCCACUCCGUAUUCUUCCCUUGGAACCAACAUCACAGAGGACAUGCCGCCAGUAGACAAGAUUGAGAUUGCUCAGAUGGUGUCCAUGGCCUGUAACUAUGACUACCAAGAGUGUGUGGACACAGCUGUGAACAAUAUGGACAACUGGAUGGCCGGCCAGCCCAACAGCAUGUAUCCGGACCUGCGCAGUACGUACUAUUGCACAGCCGUGAGACACGGAGGACUGGAACACUGGCAGUUUGUAUAUGAGAAAUACCACACGGAGCAGAGUAGCUCUGAGAAGAGUAGACUGAGACGAGCCUUGUCUUGCACCACAGAAACCUGGCUGCUGCAGAGGUUGCUAGACAUGUCGGUCAACGCCAGCGAGGUUCGGCCCCAGGACGCUCGGACCACCAUCACUUAUGUGGCGAACAGCCCGUGGGGGCGUGACCUAGCCUGGAACUUCGUCACAUACAACUAUGCCCGUCUCACUGAAGUGUAA